UUACAAUUGCUCAUAUAUUUGGCAAUCAAGAAUCGGCCAUUUAUAUAUGUGUUCUCUUUCUCAAAACUUCACAAACCACAACCACUCAAAUCCUUAAUAAAAAUGGUCUAUUUUUCACGAUUCAUUGUGCUUCUACUCUUGCUAACAACACUUUCUCCCUUUUGUUCUUCUAACCAAAUUCAAGAUAGCUUCUUACAAUGCCUUUCAUCCUCCACAACCCAUCUCCCCAACAUUUUUUACACCCCAAACAACCCUUCUUUCACAUCCAUUUUGAAUUCGACCGCCUUAAAUCUGCGGUGCAUCGCACCGUAUGCCGCGAAACCCGAGGCUAUUUUCACCCCAUUAAAUGAAAACCACAUCCAAAAUGCAGUGGUUUGCGCGAAAAAGCUUGGGAUUCAUCUUCGGUACAGAAGCGGAGGGCAUGACUAUGAAGGACUCUCCUAUACGUCCGCUAUGGACCCUCCGUAUGUCAUUAUCGACCUAUCCAAACUCCGUGGUGUUAGUGUUGAUCUCGCAGAUGGUUCGGUUUGGGUUGAGGCCGGUGCAACCGUUGGUGAGCUUUAUUAUCGAGUUGCCGAGAAAAGCAAGACUCAUGGGGUUCCCGCUGGGCUAUGUACGAGCCUAGGUGUCGGCGGUCACAUCACGGGUGGUGCAUACGGUUCCAUGAUGAGGAAAUACGGGCUCGGAGCUGACAAUGCACUCGACGUAAAGCUAGUUGACGCAAAUGGGCGGAUACUGGAUCGGAAAGCCAUGGGAGAGGAUGUUUUCUGGGCCCUCAGAGGCGGUGGUGGUGCUAGUUUCGGAGUCAUAGUUUCUUGGAAACUAAAACUCGUACCAGUCCCUGAAACUGUCACCGUUUUUAACGUUGGACGGACGCUAGAACAAGGCGCGACAAAGAUUCUUUACAAGUGGCAACAAGUUGCUGACAAACUUGAUGAUGAUCUAUUCAUCAGGGUCAUUUUUCAAACCUCAAACAUACCAAACACAAACCAACGAACCAUAACUACCACUUACAAUGCACUCUUUCUUGGAAAAUAUGACAGACUUCAAGAAAUCAUGAAACAAAGUUUUCCUGAAUUGGGUCUAAAGAAAGAAGACUGCAUUGAAAUGAGUUGGCUCGAAUCCGUCUUGUUCAUCGCCGGCUACCCGAGAAGCGUUCCCACAACCGUCCUACUCGCGGGAAAACCGGCUUUUGUGAACUACUUCAAAGCAAAAUCAGAUUUUGUAAAAGACCCUAUUCCAGAAAAAGGAUUAGAAGAAAUUUUUCAAAGGUUAUUGAAAGAAGAUAGCCCAUAUAUGAUUUGGACCCCAUAUGGAGGAAUGAUGAGUAGGAUUUCAGAGUCAUCAAUCCCAUUUCCUCAUAGAAAUGGGACACUUUUCAUGAUUCAAUAUAUAACAAGCUGGAUGGGCCCAGACAAGGAUUUGAUGAACAAACAUGUUGAUUGGAUUAGGAAGCUUUACAACUACAUGGCACAAUAUGUUUCAAUGUUUCCAAGAGAGGCUUAUGUGAAUUAUAGAGAUCUUGAUCUUGGGAUGAAUGAUAAAAAUGGUGAUGACACAAGUUUUGUCAAGGCAAGUUCUUGGGGAACAAGGUAUUUUAAAGAGAAUUUUAAUAGGUUGGUGAAGAUCAAGACUGAGUUUGAUCCUGAUAACUUCUUCAAACAUGAACAAAGUAUUCCAGUUUUACCCUUGAAAAGUGAACUCCAACAUUCAGAAUUGUAAAUAUGGAAAGGGUAAACAUGUAAUUUAUCAUUAAGCUUUUAUUUGUUUUGUGGGCAUGUUACAAGAAGCAUACUACAUAUGGUGGAAUAGUUAAGUUAUGUUUAUAAUAUAUUAAACUUGUGUGUAAUAUUUCGCUUUGACAUAAUGUGUAAGCAUACAUUGAAAUA